AUGGCCGAUCCUUGGCAGGAGUGCAUGGAUUAUGCAGUAACCCUAGCAAGACAAGCUGGAGAGGUGGUUUGUGAAGCUCUGAAAAAUGAAAUGAAUGUUAUGAUUAAAAGUUCCCCAGCUGAUUUGGUCACUGCUACUGAUCAAAAAGUGGAAAAAAUGCUUAUUUCUUCCAUAAAGAAAAAGUAUCCAUCACACAGUUUCAUUGGUGAAGAAUCGGUAGCAGCGGGGGAAAAAAGUAUCCUAACAGACAACCCCACGUGGAUCAUCGACCCUAUUGACGGGACAACUAACUUUGUACAUAGGUUUCCUUUUGUAGCUGUUUCCAUUGGCUUCGUUGUAGAUAAGAAGAUGGAAUUUGGAGUUGUAUACAGCUGUGUGGAGGAUAAGAUGUAUACCGGCAGGAAAGGAAAAGGUGCCUUUUGCAACGGUCAAAAGCUUCAGGUCUCUAAACAGGAAGAUAUUACCAAAUCACUCUUGGUAACAGAGUUGGGCUCCUCCAGAACACCAGAGACGAUAAAAAUUGUUCUUUCUAAUAUGGAAAAGCUUCUUUGCAUUCCCAUUCAUGGGAUUCGAGGUGUUGGAACUGCAGCUGUCAAUAUGUGCUUGGUGGCAACUGGGGCCGCCGAUGCCUAUUACGAGAUGGGGAUUCACUGCUGGGACAUGGCAGGUGCUGGCAUUAUUGUUACCGAGGCUGGUGGAGUUCUGUUGGAUGUAACAGGUGGACCAUUUGAUUUGAUGUCACGAAGAAUAAUUGCUGCAAAUAGUAAAGCAAUAGCUGAAAGAAUAGCCAAAGAAAUUCAGAUAAUACCUUUGCAAAGAGAUGAUGAUUAAUUAGAACAACGUCACUUCCUCACUGUUGCUUUGUCCCAGAUUUUCUCUGACACACUGAUGGGUUUAUACAAUCUAGACAUCCGUUUCAGAUGUAUAAUGUGAUUGCUAUAAAGUAGCAUAAUUUAUCAGAUAUAAAGGUUGCAGCUUCUGCAUUGUAUUGAGAGUAGUUAUAUAAGAAUAGGUGAAAUGUUUCUUUGUUUUAAAAAUGUUGUGUAAGAGUUGCAUCUAAUAAUGAUCAUCUCCAGGCCUGGAGCAAUAGUCCAGCAGAGAAGCUGCUUGCCUUGCAUGUAGGCGACCCAUAUGGUGUCCUGAAGCACCCUGAGCAUUGCCUGUUAAAAUCACACACACAC